UUUAUUUUUUAGUUUUUAAACAAAUGGAGUUGGUUUGCAUUAUGCAAUUAUUUUUUAUUUUUUAUUUUGCUUUUUGGUAAGUGGAUUAUAUGUUAGAAGUGUCAUGCAUGCAUUUUAGGACCUGUCAUGUUUUGCACACGACAAUUGAUGCAUGUAGGACCGUGUGGCAAGGCAUUUCUUGUGUAUGCAAACGUGGCAUGUGCAAAGUAUAAAACUUUGUUAUUUUCUUUUUGGCAUUGCUAACUUCUGGAUGCAUAUGCAUAUAAUCACGGAAUGAUUAUAGAAUAUUACAAGAGUACGGUCAUCUGAUAUAUCUUGUAUAUGUGUUAUAAUAUAAGUGAAUAUUUAUUGAUAUUAUUCUCUAAUACCAUAUUAUAACACGAGUAUAAGAUAUAUACCACAUGGACACAUGACCAUACUAAUGUAGUAUUCUAUAAUUUCUUGUAAUAAUAGGGUGUCACAUUAGACAGUUUUCCUUUUAGCUAUGUGCGACAUAUAUAUAACGAUGAAAGUCAUGGGCCGUUUAAUUAGAAACCCAUCAUGAGUUUGAAUAAUAAUUAUUUUGGAGUGCUACAACAUUUCCAUUUGAGAAUAGUUGAUCAAACAAGAACAAACAAUCCCAUUACACAGUUAGCCAGUCUUCUCACAACAAAGCUAUAGCCAUGGCACUUGAGCUAGUCCUACUCUUGAUCCUCUCUAUUCUCUUAGCUAUCCCUCUUCUUCUCUUCCCAACCCUAACCUCCAAAAUAUUCCAAACCCACCUUCACCUCCCUCCAAGCCCCUUAGCUCUACCCAUCAUAGGCCACUACCACCUCCUCGGCCCUCUCAUCCACCGCACCUUCCACAACCUCUCUCUCCGCUUCGGCCCCUUAUUCUCCCUCCGCCUCGGCUCGCUCCAAUGCGUUGUCGUUUCCUCACCGGACCUAGCGAAAGAGUUCCUCAACACCCAUGAGCUCUCCUUCAUAUCCCGUGCUCAGUCCCUCGCCAUUGAAAGCAUGACCUACAAUGCUUCCCUUGCUUUUGCCUAUGGACCUUACUGGAAGUUCAUCAAGAAACUGACAGUGAACGAGCUUCUAGGAAACCGUAGCAUCAACAACUUAGUUUCCAUUCGAACCCAAGAGUAUCUUAGGCUUCUGAGGUUCUUGGCCAAGAAAGCUGAGAGUGUUGAAGCUGUGAAUCUCACUGACGAGUUUCCGAAGCUUUGGAACAAUGUGAUCUUGCAGAUGAUUGUUGGGAAUCGGGGUUUGAGUGCCGAAGGUAGGGAGGUGCUGGUGGAGGAGGCGGGGGUGGUGGUGCGGCAGGCCACAAGGCUUUUUGGAGAGGUGAGUUUGUGCGAUUUUUUUUGGGUUUGUAAGAAGUUGGAUUUGGGAGGGUUUGUGAAGAGAAUUGAGGAGACGCAUAGGAGGUUGGAUGUGUUGGUGGAGAAGGUAAUUAGAGAACGAGAAGAGCUGAGAAAGAAGGAACGGAUGGAAGAGGAGGAGGAAGUCAAGGAUUUUCUUGAUACAUUGCUUGAUAUGUUGGAGAAUGGGAGUGCUGAGGUUGAAUUUACAAGACUUCACCUUAAGGCUCUAAUUACGGAUUUAUUCAUGGCUGGAACUGAUACAAAUGCAAUUUCACUAGAGUGGGCAUUGGCAGAGCUCAUCAACCACCCAAGAGUGCUCAAGAAAGCAAGGGAGGAGAUCAAUCGAGCCGUCGGAAAUCUACGAGUAGCCGGAGAAUCGGAUGUUCCAAAUCUUCCAUACAUCCAAGCCAUCAUAAAAGAAACACUUAGGCUACACCCACCGGUGCCUUUGGCCACAAGAAAAUCUGUACAACAAUGUAAGAUUGGGGGAUAUGACAUCCCUACAAACACAAUGCUACAUGUGAAUGUUUGGGCCAUUGGAAGGGACCCAAAGAACUGGGAAAGCCCACUAGACUUCUGGCCUGAAAGAUUCUUGCAACUCGGUGAGGACGAUGGCCAGAUGAGUGCAGUGGAUGUUGAUGUUAGGGGCCAACAUUUUCAACUGCCAUUUGGGUCUGGGAGGAGGGUGUGUCCUGGUACGAACUUGACCAUGAAAAUGUUGCCUGGGGUACUUGCGGCUUUGAUUCAGUGCUUCGAUUGGAAGGUUGAUGGGUUUGAUUGCAAGAGGAUGAAUGGUUAUGAUGUUCUUGAAAUGGAUGAACGGCCUGGAUUGACUGCUCCGAGGGCGCAUGAUCUUGUGUGUGUUCCUGUUGCCCGCUUCAGCCCAUUCAACAUCCUUGACCCAUAAAGCAAACUUUUUUAUUUAUAUGUUGGUCAUAAAAAUAUUCUUAAAGUUUAUUGUGUGUGUGUUGUAGUAAUACCCGUAAAGGGAAAAUAACUUUAAUGUAUCUUUCUAUUUUACAGCUUUAAUGAGAAAGAAAUAGCUUCUGUUUUUCUUA